AUGCAACAGCUCCAUUCAAGACAACGUAAAACGCCUCUAAAGCAGCACGCAGGCCAUGAAUAUAUUUGGAAUAAAAUUAUAGGAUUGCAAUUAGUAUUUACUCCGGCAGGUCAUGUACAAGAUGAUAGUGAGCAAAUGAUUAUCUCCGAUGGUGCUUCAAGCCCUGGUAGCGAAGUAAAGCCGCUUCUAUUCUGGAAUUACGGCACUUUAGUUGAAAUGGAGCUGAACACUAGCCUUCCCGAUAGCAUUCUACGGUCGACUAUCAAUGGCAAGUCCUUCUCUCAGUGUAUGUUUGAGAUAGCGUAA